AUGAGUGGCAAUGAGAGCAAUAUGGAUCAGAAACCCAUCGAGAUGCAGAAUCUUUUGGAUGAGCCACAGCAGGUCAAGAAUGCAGGCCAGUCCACUGAAAAUUUAGAAAGAAAUGAUAAUGUGGUCCGGGAGAUAAAAUGGAAGGAGCAGGUGGUGAAGGUGUAUCCAUUGAAUUACCAGGAGAUUCCCCUGGUCAGGAACCAGAUCUUUUGCUGUCUUAUCAUGUUUCUCGUAUUUGGCUUCAAUGACCAAUCUACUGGGGCUUUGAUUCCUACUUUGGUCGACGAAUACAAUAUUUCAGAGGUGAAGGUCGCUAAUAUCUUUCUGGUGCAAUUAUUUGGUUACACAUUUGCAUCAUUGUGUAAUGAGACCAUACAUCAUCAUCUUGGUAUGAGAGGUGGCAUGCUAAUUGCUGCAAUGUUAUGUUUAGUAUUUUUCUCCAUCCUAGUAUCAAAACCAACUAGUUUCUAUCUUUAUAUGGCAUGUUGUCUUCCACUAGGCUUGGGUAUAGGUAUACUAGACGCUUCGGGAAAUGUACUAAUGGGGAACUUGGUGGUCCAUAAAAAUGAAUGGAUGGGUAUUUUACACGCCAUUUAUGGAGUUGCAGCCAUGUUAACACCACCUAUCGUAAAUUAUUUUGCAGAAUGGGGUCAUUGGUCAUUCUUCUUCAUUAUUCCAUUGUCUUUGGCCAUUAUAGGGUUGAUAUUUAUUAUACCAUCUUUCAGAUAUGAGACUGCUGCAAAAUAUGAUUAUACUUGUAAUCAUGGUGCUGAUGUUUCCACCGAUGGUACGGAAUCAAAGGAAUCCUUUGUACAGUUACUAAGAAAUCCAUCCAUCCUCUUAUACGCAUUAUACUUGUUCGUCUACUUGGGUGCGGAGAUUACCACAGGUGCAUGGUUCUUCACAUACCUAUUGACUACCAAGUCUGCUGAUAAAAUCAAGAUGUCCUAUAUUGCAUCAUCUUAUUGGUUGGGAUUGACAAGUGGUAGGCUUCUGCUAGGAUUUGUCACUAAACGUGCAUUUUCAAAUGAAUAUCGAGCAAGCAAAGUCUACGGAGCAUUAACAUUUGCCUUCUACGCAUUAUUCUUUGGUGUCGGACUCAUUGACACCAACUCUAACUUAUACUUAACUAUCCUAUUCGUCAUUGUCUUCUUCUGCGGAUUCUUCAUCGGGCCUCUGUUCCCAUCAGCAAGCAUUGUCGCAUUGCAAGUCCUGCCAAAAAGAUUACACAUUAGUGGAGUCGGUAUAGCCGUUGCCGUAGGAGGCUGUGGUGGAGCUGCACUACCGUACCUUGCAGGAUUACUGACACAUCUGCUCGGUGUUCAAUGUAUCCCAUUCCUCUGUUGGAUCAUGGUCGGAAUGUUUAAUCUCAUUUGGUGGCUCUACCCAAAAUACAUCGCAGAUCAUCCAGAGUUCUUAUGA